GUCCCGCUCGUUGCCACCUUCCCUUUCCUCACGGUUUUCCCUUUCUCGUCCUCCUCCUCCUCAGGCGAGAAAGGAGGCCUGGUGUCGGUUGGGUACGGAGAAGAUGACUUUACCCGGCUGGAUGGGGACGAGGAAGGGUAUGAAGAGGAGGACGAUGAGAACAGCAGGCAGUCAGAAGAUGACGAUUCAGAGACUGAAAAACCUGAGGCUGGUGACCUGAAGGAAUUCUCAGAAGUGGAGAAAAGAGAUCCUCAGGAGCUCGUUGCUUCCUUUUCAGAGAGAGUGCGGAACAUGUCUCCAGAUGAGAUCAAAAUCCCUCCAGAGCCUCCUGGCAGAUGUUCUAACCAAUUGCAGGAUAAAAUUCAGAAGCUAUAUGAGAGGAAAAUGAAAGAGGGAAUGGAUAUGAAUAAAAUCAUCCAGAGGAAAAAGGAGUUCCGCAACCCCAGCAUCUAUGAGAAGCUGAUCCAGUUCUGUUCCAUUGAUGAACUCGGUACAAACUACCCAAAGGACAUGUUUGAUCCCCAUGGCUGGUCAGAGGAUUCAUACUAUGAGGCACUAGCUAAAGCCCAGAAGAUUGAAAUGGACAAACUGGAGAAGGCCAAGAAGGAACGCACAAAGAUUGAGUUUGUGACUGGCACUAAAAAGGGUACAACAACAAGUGCCACUUCUACAACCACCACAACAGCCAGUACCACAGUGGGAGAUGCCCAGAAGAGGAAGAGCAAGUGGGACUCGGCCAUCCCCGUAACGACGAUAGCUCAGCCCACCAUCCUCACCACUACUGCAACGCUGCCAGGUGUGGUCACAGUGACAACCAGUGCAAGUGGAUCCAAAACCACAGUCAUAUCAGCUGUGGGCACCAUUGUGAAAAAGGCAAAGCAAUGACUGGUGUGCUGGGCCUGGAUUUUGGGACUUAUUUGUCACUGAAGCCGUUGUUCUUGGAAGGGAGGGGUAGCUUUCGCCUUUGGUAAAAGAUGACAAGAUGCUUUGAAACAGACCACAGUUCCCCUUUGAAAGCCCAGGGGCAGGAGCAGGCACGCCAGCUGUGUGCCCACAGGAAUGGACCUCUGCCCACAAUGCCUCU